UGAUAAUGUGCUUAUGUGACUUCCAGCGUAACUCCCGGUGUUUUUGUAUUCUCUCUCAAUCCUACUUUCCAGCGUACCAGCUUCCAGCUCCGCCAUUGACGGCUGAUUAGAUCCCUUCUGUUUCUUUCUUUCUUUCUUCUUCUUCUUCUUCUUUCUCUGUUUCUUCCUCAACCGGACGAGGCUUUAAGCAAGACACCACAGACUUCUUUUUCUUUUUCAGCCAAACAAGAUUGAUGGACCACCUGCUCACAAAUUCCCCACCAUUUUCCACCCUUCUCUUCGUUGGAGGAUGAAACGUCGUGGAAAUUUCUCUCGUUUGAGUAUUCAAAUCUCAAUUUCCUGAUUCACUAUUGUCCUUAUCACAGCCAUGGCGACUCAAGGGGCAGCAUCAUCAUCCCUUAGCUUUACCAAGUACAGAUAUGAUGUUUUCUUGAGUUUCAGAGGCGAAGACACUCGCAAAUCCUUCACUGUCAUUCUCUACGAAGCUUUGCGCAAGAAGGGAAUCAACGCCUUCAUUGAUGACAGGAAGCUCGGUAAAGGGGAACGAAUCAAACCUUCGCUUCUUAAAGCCAUAGACAAAUCCAGGAUUUCUAUUAUUGUGUUCUCUGCAAACUACGCUACUUCCACAUGGUGCCUUGAUGAACUGGCUCACAUCAUUCGGUGUAACAAGAAGAAGAAGAACCAGGUGGUUAUGCCAAUAUUUUACAAGGUGGAUCCAAUGGAUGUCCAAUAUCAGAGAAAUAGCUUUGAGGAAGCCAUGGCUGCUCAUGAAGCUGGGUUCAUAAAUGACCUGCAGAAAGUGCGAAAAUGGAGGUCUGCGUUAUUUGAAGCUGCUAGCUUGUCACCAGCAUGGCUUUUCGAAGAUGGAUAUGAAUUUGGGUUUAUUGAAAGGAUUGUUGAAGAUGCAUAUUCUAGGCUGCCUCCUAAACGAUUCCAUAACAUUGAUUACAUGGUUGGACUUGAGCCUCGUUUAGAAGAAGUGAUGUCACUUCUGGAUGAAAGUGCUCGUAGCGUUUGUAUGUUGGGGAUUCAUGGAACCGGUGGGAUUGGCAAAACAACCCUUGCCAAAGCUUUGUAUAAUACAAUCUUCUACCAAUUUGAAGGUGCAUGUUUUUUGUUUGAUGUUAGAGAAGCAUCAAUGAAACAUCAUGGCAAUGAGGGCAUUGUUCGUCUUCAACACACGCUUUUAUCAGAGAUUCUUGGGGAAAAGAGGAUAAAGUUUAGCAGUGUUGAUGAAGGAAUAUCUAUACUAAGACACAGACUCUCACACAAAAAAGUUUUGUUGGUUCUUGAUGAUGUCGAUCAACCUGAUCGGCUAGAGCAACUUGCAGGAGGGUGUGAUUGGUUUGGUUGUGGAAGCAAGGUGAUCAUAACAACAAGAAAUAAGCAAUUGCUAAUUGCACGUAAUGUUGAAAAGACAUAUGAAAUGAUGGGGCUAAAUGAUCAUGACUCGCUUGAACUCUUUUGUUGGCAUGCCUUCAAGUUGAGCCAACCUCCAAAAGGAUAUCAAGAUAUGUCAAAUUGUGCGAGCAGAUAUGCACAAGGCCUUCCUCUGGCUUUAAAAUUAAUAGGCUCCAAUUUGGCACAUAGAAACUUAGAAGAAUGGAAGUCUACAUUGGAACAAUAUGAGAAGAUCCCAGAAAGGACAACUCAUGAGAUCCUAAAGAUGAGCUAUGAUUGCUUACCGGAUAAUGCUAAGCGUAUUUUCCUAGAUAUUGCUUGUUUCUUCAAGGCAGAGACAUUUGUAUACAUUGAAGACAUGGUAGAAGCUUGUGAUUUUGGAAGGUUUUAUUUUGAGGUGCUUGUUGAAAAAUCUCUUAUAACUAUUUCUGAUAAUGGUAAGUUGGGCAUGCAUGAUCUAAUACAACAAAUGGGUAGAGAGAUUGUUAGGCAAGAGGCACCAUCAAAUCCUGAUAAACGCAGUAGAAUAUGGUACUAUAAAGAUGUUCUUAAAUUGCUUCGUGACAAUUUAGGAAACAGUAAUAUUGAAGGAAUAAUGCUUGACCCCCCUCAACAAGAAGAAGUGACUUGGAGUGGUACAGCCUUCGAGAAGAUGAAUGAUCUUAGAAUUCUUGUGAUUCGGAAUACACAAUUUUCAACAAACCCUAAAUAUUUACCAAAUAGUUUAAGAUUGCUUGAUUGGGAGGGAUAUCCUUCUGCAAAUUUACCAUCAGAUUUUUCUCCCAAGAAACUAACUUCCUUGAGGUUAUGCAAUAGCAUAUUCAGACUGGAAGAGCCAUUCAAGAGGUUUGAAUUCGUGACGCACAUGAACGUUUCACAUUGCGAAUUCAUAACUGAGGUACCUGAUAUGUCUCAAUUCCCAAAUUUAAAAAGCUUGUUGUUUAGAGAGUGUUGCAACUUGAUCAAGAUACACCAUUCAGUGGGAUCUCUCUCUAAGCUGGUCCACUUGGAUGUUAGUGACUGCACCAAACUUACAAGCUUUCCACAUGAAAUCAACCUGCCAUCUCUUGAAGAUAUUAAUCUUAGCCGUUGUAAGAGUCUUGACUAUUUCCCGCAUAUAGUGGGAAAGAGGGAUGCCUUGACCGAUAUUUGGGCUGAAGACACUUCUAUUAAGGAGCUCCCACAUUCCAUUGGAAAUCUUACUGAGCUCGAAUGUUUAAAUUUAAGCUCUUGCAAAAGUCUCAGGGAGCUUCCAAACAGCUUAUUCACAUUGCAAAAUCUCAAGUGGCUUGAGUUGAGAGACAGUCACACGCCUAGCAGAAAAUCUUUGAUGAAAUUAACGCAAGAGAGCCUCCUAAUUAUUAGCUGUGCAAACAUAAAGUUCUUGAAUCUUGAAAACUGUUGUCUAUUGGAUGAAGAUCUUACCUUAGUUCUGAAUUUUUUUCGGGAUUUGCGAGAGUUAACUCUAUCAGGCAAUGAUUUUGUGUCCCUUCCUGAGUGCAUCAAUGAGUGUGUUGAAUUAUUGAAACUGGAAAUGGAUAACUGCAAGAAGCUAAGAGACAUACCGAAGUUGCCAUCAAAGCUAAGAGACAUAAAGGCAGAGUUUUGCACAUCAUUAACUGCCAAAUCAGUUGGUCAUUUAUGGUCUCAGGUCAAGAACGAAACCAAUCUCUUCAGAAUAUGUAUGCCAGCAACAACAUUUCCUGAUUGGCUUGACGAUUGUUGUAAAGGAGGAGCAUUGUCUUUUCGUGCUCGUGGGAAUUUCCCUCGUGCAGCCCUUGCAUGUGAGUUGGGGAAAGCAAACGCGAGUGGGAGACACUUCUUCCAUGUUUCUGUGACCAUCAAUGGUCAUGAAAUACUAAGGAAAGAAGAUGUAAACUAUGGGAGUACACAAGGUCAUGUGUACUUCUUUGAUUUAAGAUGGGCUUUUGACCUACCGGAGUGGAAGAGGCUUGAUAGGUAUCUGAUAUUGGAUUGGAAUGAUGUGGAAAUGCAAGUGAAAUGUUUAACACCAAAUAUGCCUGUGGUUAGCUGUGGAAUUUAUGUGUAUAAACAACACACAAACACGGACAAUUUGCAGUUCAAGUCUUCUCGGCUUUCCAUGAAGGCUCCAACAUCUUCACUGAAACGAAGAGCGACUUCUCCCCCUCCUAAUGAACCACCCAACAAAGUUCCUGAGAAAGUUCAAGGUUGCUGAUAAAAGAAAACUCAAAAUGACUCAGAAAGGGACAAGGUCAGCCUCUACUUUCUACUAGUUGUUAUUUCAAUUUUCAAGGUUUUUGUUUGUCAUUAAGUUUUUUGCCUUACUUGUACUGUAGGAGAAUUAGACGACGCCGAAUUUUUCAUUCGUGUUACAAGAGUGUUUCCUACGGGUAAGCGUGUCUGGAGUCUUGUAUUACUGGCUAUCAAAUAUUAAAGAAAAGGACAUUUUU